CACAGUGCUACUGCUCCAGGCUUCUGAAAACCACAGUUGGAGCCAGCAUCAUGGUUGGUCUGAAGAUUUGGUCUGUCUCGCUGGUUAUACUCUACCAUUUCUGUCAGAGAUGUAUCCCAUGUGGAAUUUCAACACAUGUUGAAAUAGCACAUAGAGCUCUGGAAUUUUUCACUAAGCAUGAAGGAAGUGUUAAUUAUAGAAAGUUAUUACUAAAUCACCAAGAUGCCUUUCAGGCUGGAAGCAUUUAUCCUGAUGCCUUUUAUCCUUCAAUCUGCAAAGGUGGAAUGUUCCAUGAUGUGUCUGAAGACACCCACUGGUCACCAUUUCUCAAAGCAAGUAUUGACUACAUCCGAAGGAAUUAUCCUCAGCCUUGGGAAGAGGCUACAGAGAAGCUGGUGGCGUUCCUGUUUGGAAUUGCUUCACAUAUGGUGGCAGAUGUUAGCUGGCAUAGCCUGGGCAUCGACCAAGGAUUUCUAAAGGCCAUGGGAGAAAUAGAUUUUCGUGGUUCAUACUCAGAAGCGCACAGUGUUGGAGAUUUUGGAGGAGAUGUGGUGAGUCAGUUUGAGCUGGACUUCAGUUACCUGGCAUCAAGUUGGUAUGUACCUGUCAAAGACCUAGCUGCUAUCUAUAAGGAAUUUUAUGGAAAAGAGAUCAUAACUGAAAGCACAAUUGCUGAAUGUACUUAUCUGCUGUUUUUUGAAUUGCAUGGAGAAAGGCUUCUUGUUGGCAAGCUUUUUCCAACAAUUGCUAGUAAAUCUCCAUUUCUGGUGGACAAGUUCCACGAAUAUUUCCUUGGGGGAGUGGAUGACAUGGCAUUCUGGACCAACAACAUUUUUGAGCUGACGAGCCAUAUGCUAGAGAAUGGAACCAGUGACUGCUACCUUCCUGAGAACCCUCUGUUCAUAAACUGCACAAAGGAGCACAAGGACAGCCACAUCAGAAACAAACAAUCAAAACAUGAACAUCACAAGAAUACAACUUCUUUGCUUUCAGAAACACUGGAGAAAAACAUAAACUAUACAGAGAGAGGAGUUCAGUUUGACAUACAGCCUUGGGCAACAAAAUCCCUCCGCUUGAUAAACCAUGCUUUUAAAACCAAUGUCUGGAGAGCAUUAGGAGCUACACACCAGAAAUCUUCUAAGCACAUCUCCAAGCCAGCAGCUUCAUAUUUUCUGACUUCACCCUAUGCUAGGCUUGGAUGGGCACUGAUCUCAGCUGACCUAAACCAGGAUGGAUAUGAAGAUCUGGUGGCUGGAGCACCAGGGUACAGCACCAUGGGCCAUGUUCAGAUAGGAAGGGUGUAUGUGGUCUAUGGCAACCAGUCAGGUUUGCCACCAGAGGACAUGGAUCUGGAUGGGAAAGCUGACCAAGUACUACAAGGUUAUCAGCCUUCAGGAAGAUUUGGUUCUGCCUUGGCAGUCCUGGACUUCAAUGAAGAUGGAGUGCCAGAUCUGGCAAUUGGAGCACCUUCUGUGGGAUCUCAGUUUCUUACUUACAAAGGUGCUGUGUAUGUCUACUUUGGAACUGAGGGAAAAGGCUUUGCAUCUCAGCCAAACAUUACCAUUACUUGUCAGUAUUCCUACUGUAAUCUUGGUUGGUCCCUCCUGGCAGCUGAUGUUGAUGGGAAUGGAAAUGCUGAUCUGGUUGUGGGCUCUCCAUAUGCACCCGGUGGUGGGAAGCAGAGAGGAUUUGUGGUUGCAUUUUACUCUCAUUUGAACAGGAGUCACCAAGGACUUCUGUCAGUACAGGAUGCCAACUGGAUGGUGCAGGGGGAAGAAAACUAUGCUUGGUUUGGAUUUUCACUUGCCAGCUGCCAGCUGGAGAAUGUGACAUUACUGCUGAUUGGUAGCCCUGCAUGGAAGACUUGUUCUAGCUGCAAUCCCCUCUUGCCGGAUGUCAGACAGAGUGUUGGGAAGGUGUACGGGUAUAACCCACCGAGUACAGAGCGCUGGUUUGAGAUAACUGGAGACAAGGAGAUGGGCAGAAUGGGUUUGUCUCUGGCCAGUGGUGUGCUGUCUGUGGCUGGGAACACAAGGAAAGUUUUGGUGGUGGGUGCACCUACUGCAGACAGCUUGUCUAGGAUCUUAUUUAUGUCCUCAAUGCUGCAUCAAGCUGGACUGGCUCUGGUAUAUGACCUGUCAAACAGCACCAAUCCUUCUCUACUCAGUGCAUUCAGUGGGGACAAGAGGUUUUCUCGUUUUGGAGGAGACAUAUACCUAAGUGAUCUGGAUAGCGAUGGGCUAGAUGAAAUGAUUGUGGCAUCUCCACUGCGAACUAAUGGUGUCACCUCAAUCCUGGCUGGUGGGGCUGCUGGCCGUGUUUAUAUUUUCAAUGGCAGACAGGCAUCCUCAGGGAAUGUGACAGGCCACUGCACAUCAUGGACAUCUCCUUGUCCUGAGGACUGGGCACAGCAUGUCCUGAUUUCUCCUGAGGAACUAUCAAGAUUUGGGAGUUCUGUUACCACUGUGAAAUCUGAAAGAAAGAAAGAAGUUGUGGUGGCAGCAGAGAGAAGUUCUGCGAAAGCUCGACUUGGUGGAAGGCUUUUUGUCUACUCACUCUAGAAGUUCACAGUAGCCUUAAAGACCAGGGCUCACCUGGUCUUCUAGUGGAGAACCUCUGCAGUAUUUGUGCUACUUUCUUGAGUCCACACAAACCAACAUACCGUGUCAGCAAGCUUUUGCUGAAUUGUGGUGGGCAGCAGCAUCGCUUAUCUAGAACAAGCAAGCUGGUCUGAAAACCUUUUAGAGGUUGAAAUGAGCAAGCAGCUGCAUUUUUGGUAGUAGUAUUUGGCUGUAUAAGGAAUGUUCACUGGCCACCUUCUUUACUGGCCAGAUCUGAGUAUCUUCUUGACAAAACUGGGAAACUGCAGCACAGCAUUUACAAUUCUUAUAUAUUGUGCUAAGGAUUCUAAGUUAUGGAAACUUACUGACAAAAUAAUAAGCAUGGAGCAGGGGCAGCUUUAAGACUGACAGAAAUGUGGAUGCUGAUCAACAGGACUGUCUCUCUCUCUUCUCUCUCUCAAGUCUUGAGGCGUGCAUUGAGGGUGUAGUGCAGCUCAGAUCUCCCAGGGAAAAAAAGAACAAGCAAGACUGAUAAAGAUAGAGAAAAUGCAAUUUGGCUGAUUACUCUUGACAUCCUUUCUGCUUUUGUGUAAAAUUCCAUUACCAUGGUAACACAGAGUUGUUAAUGGCUUUUAUUGUUAACAGUAUUGUCUUUAACUAAUUAACACUAAUUUUGUAUGAUGCAGGUUUAGCAGUGUGCAUCAAUUAUCUAUUAAACAACUUGAGCAGCAGAAUGUGUUGAUAUAAUUAUUACCAAUGCUAGUCUGUAGACACAUAUGUGUGUUUUCUCUCUUGCCUCCUUCACAAAGUCAAGACAUUAUUUUUAUUUUAUAUACAAUUGCACAGAAUUCUAAAAGUCAUACUCCAAAAUUGAACACCUCAACCUACCUUCCUAGGAAAUCUUUCUCAAGGAUGUUGUUCUAAACAAAUCAAAAAAAGAAAGAUGAACAUUAGCUUGAUUUACAAUGCAUUCUGGUAUCUAUUUUGAGGACUAGCCCAAACAGCAGAACACUUAGAAAAGAAGUUAAAUCUGAACUUUGUGAAAAAAAGUAACUGGCUACAACUGGGAUUGCAGUACUUAUGUUACAAAUCUGUUAACUGUGGUAUGAGGCAAAACAAGCAGUGUCCUUUUAAGGGCAGAAUAAAGAUUUUCUCUUCAAAUCAAAAUGGACAAAACCAGUAUGUUCUGUAGCAAUUCCAUUCUAAGCAUAUACUCUCCACUGGCUUUUUUUUUAGGUAUGACCUCCACAUAAUUUUAUUGCACUUGACUGCAUUUUGAUUACUUGAAUUUUAAGAAAAACUUCAAACAUUUGCAUAUGUCUGUGGAUAAAAAGCAGUCUUGUAGAAGAAAUGUCUUUCGCUCUAUGUUUUUAUUGUGUUAUUUGAGUCAGUUACGUACAAGUAAAGAGUCAAAAGCAGUUCACAGAAGCCUCCCUGCAAAAAAGCUCAUGAGAAAGCUUCCCUAACAGCUGCACCAAUAUCAGUUCUGGCCUAAAGAAACUACAGCUCAUUUGAAAAUAUCAGUAUCUAUCUCCCUUUACACACUGAGAUUCCUGGGGUUUAUCAGCCAAGGUAUGUAAUUGUUUUUUGCAAUUUGACUGCUCAGUUGAGUGAUUUUUUACUACUUUACCUGCUAAGCUUAAAGGCUGCAAAAAAAUCAGCUAAAAAACUCAGAAGCAUUACAAGCCCCAUUAUCCUUCUCACCUUCCCAUGCCAUUAGGAUCUGUACUUAAAAGUCACGUACAGAAGAACUGUUGAAAAGUAACCACAUACAACUGACUUGAGCCAAACCAGAAUCACAGGCCUGGACAACUUUAAAUUAUGAACCUUUUUAUUUCCAUCUUUUACUCAUUAGUCCUGAGAAGAAUGUUCACAGCUACAGCUACUGUCUUUUCAACCCUGCCAGUACAAUGAUUUACAUGGUAGCACCUAAGGAGCUGCUUACCGUGUUACAGAUAGAUUAAAAAAUCCCAAAGAAGAAAUGGACAGAGUGUGACGUGAUUUAGACAUAUUUCAUGCUCCCUCUACAACCUGAGAGAAACCAGUGGAUAACUACAUCCUUAAAGAGAAGUCCUAAGAACAAACAGAAAUAGUUGCCAUAAGGCUUUUACUCCUUCCUUCAGCCUAUCACAGGACAUCAGGCCUCCACACCUUUAACCUGGCUACUUACUGUGGUGCAGACUAGUCCAUGCUUUGUCUUGGAGGAAAGAGAGAAAGCACAGCCCACCUUAAGAAAAACCAACAACCUGUCUGAUGAUUUUUACCAGAAUUUGAAUUAUGGCAACACAAGGACUGUGUUAAACUGCAGCUGUAUCAAUGUGUUUGAAACAGUGUCAGAUGGAAAAGUCAAGUGGGCAUUAUCCAUAGGCCCGCUUGCCCUGUGCCUAGAACUGCUGUUUGGAGCCUAAAUUAAUUGUUAAGGGAUAUACAAGAUUAGCAGCUACAUUUCAAAGCCUUUUAUUGCUCCUUUUUUCUCACUGCUGCCAAUCUAGAAGUCAUGCUUCACAAGAGAUGCAGGUAUGCUUUUUGCUUUGGAAAACCUGUUUUCUGCAAUUAAAUAUGGCCUUAAAAAUCCA